GGUCCUUAAACGAAACUUUCUUUUUGAGACACUUGUAGAAACCGUGCAAAAUCGGCGGUAACUUGCCCGAACGUGAGAAGAAAACCUAGAACAAUGAGGUCUCUAUUCGGUUGUUUAAUCUACUUCCUUUCACUUUUGGUGUCUGGUGUAAACGGAACGACCCGUUUAAAUCGAUUGGAUUCACAUCAGGUUGCUGGUCAAAGUUACGCACAACGCAGAAAUAUUGCCCGACCGCCGCAGCGGACGCUUGAUCCUUCAGUUUACGCCAGUGCCCACAGGCGUAGAGGUUUUCACUACCACCACCAGCCACCACUGAUCCACCCGCCUGUGGUUUUCCAUCAACCUUCCCCAGUAUUUUCCCCUCUGGCUUAUUACCAAAGACCCUCUGCCCCCAUGACACCAUACCACCAAAGACCCUCUGCCCCCAUGACACCAUACCGCCAAAGACCCUCUGCCCCCAUGACACCAUACCACCAAAGACCCUCUGCCCCCAUGACACCAUACCACCAAAGACCCUCUGCCCCCAUGACACCAUACCACCAAAAACCCUCUGCCCCCAUGACACCAUACCACCAAAGACCCUCUGCCCCUGUAAAACCUAACCAUCACGGAUUCAGAGAUCCAUUGCCACCGGUGGUGUAUAAGCUGUACAAAGGCCCUGCAUCUCCAGUAGUUCGCCACCAUCUGUUCAAAGGAUUUAUUUCGGCGGUGAACCACGACCCCCACAAAUUCAAAGGUCCAUGCCCGUUGGCUUUACCCCUGGCACAGCCUAACUCUACUGGGGUGCCGGGACUCCCUGGGGCAUACCCGCCAACCGCAGUUCCAACUCCACCACCGGUGACCGCCUUGCCACUGGUAGUCGCUGUCAACACCACCAUGCUGCCAUCGCUACCGGUCAGUACCCAAACUGGCGUCAUCACCACCGCCAGUGUGGAGACAGCAGCUUCAGAAAACGCCUGCAGAAGCCGUCCCCUGGACCUGGUCUUCAUCAUCGACAGCUCUCGCAGCGUGCGUCCCGGCGAGUUUGAGCAGGUCAAGACCUUUCUGGCCGACAUGGUCGACACCCUGGAUGUGGGAGCGGAAGCAACCCGCGUGGCUGUGGUCAACUAUGCCAGCACGGUCAAGGUGGAGUUCCUUCUCAGGGCUCACCUCAACAAGGCCGACAUGAAGCGGGCCAUCGCCCGCAUCGAGCCCCUGGCGGCCGGCACCAUGACCGGCCUGGCAAUCAAGUCCGCCGUGACCGAGGCCUUCACAGAGGAGUCGGGCGCCCGGCCGAAGUCGAGGAACAUCGGCAAGGUGGCCAUCAUCGUGACGGACGGGCGUCCCCAGGACCGGGUGGAGGAGGUGUCGGCAGCCGCCCGGGCAUCCGGGAUUGAGAUGUACGCCGUGGGGGUCGGCCGGGCUGACAUGACCUCCCUGCGGCUGAUGGCCAGCAACCCCCUGGAAGAGCACGUGUUCUACGUGGAAACUUACGGCGUCAUAGAGAAGCUGACCUCCAAAUUCAUGGAGACCCUCUGCGGUGUGGACCCCUGUGCCAUGGGACACGACUGCCAGCACAUUUGUGUCAGCAGCAGUGAUGACUCCUAUCACUGCGAGUGUCGAGAUGGAUUUACCUUGAACGAGGACGAGAAAACAUGUUCCCUGAGACAGACACGUGUGGACCCCUGUGCCAUGGGACACGACUGCCAGCACAUUUGUGUCAGCAGCAGUGAUGACUCCUAUCACUGCAAGUGUCGAGAGGGAUUUACCUUGAACACGGACAAGAAAACAUGUUCCCUGAGUCAGACACGUGUGGACCCCUGUGCCAUGAGACACGACUGCCAGCACAUUUGUGUCAGCAGCAGUGAUGACUCCUAUCACUGCGAGUGUCCAGAGGGAUUUACCUUGAACGAGGACGAGAAAACAUGUUCCCUGAGUCAGACACGUGUGGACCCCUGUGCCAUGAGACACGACUGCCAGCACAUUUGUGUCAGCAGCAGUGAUGACUCCUAUCACUGCGAGUGUCGAGAGGGAUUUACCUUGAACGAGGACCAGAAAACAUGUUCCCUGAGUCAGACACGUGUGGACCCCUGUGCCAUGGGACACGACUGCCAGCACAUUUGUGUCAGCAGCAGUGAUGACUCCUAUCACUGCAAGUGUCGAGAGGGAUUUACCUUGAACACGGACAAGAAAACAUGUUCCCUGAGUCAGACACGUGUGGACCCCUGUGCCACGGGACACGACUGCCAGCACAUUUGUGUCAGCAGCAGUGAUGACUCCUAUCACUGCAAGUGUCGAGAUGGAUUUACCUUGAACGAGGACCAGAAAACAUGUUCCCUGAGUCAGACACGUGUGGACCCCUGUGCCAUGAGACACGACUGCCAGCACAUUUGUGUCAGCAGCAGUGAUGAUUCCUAUCACUGCGAGUGUCGAGAUGGAUUUACCUUGAACGAGGACCAGAAAACAUGUUCCCUGAGUCAGACACGUGUGGACCCCUGUGCCAUGAGACACGACUGCCAGCACAUUUGUGUCAGCAGCAGUGAUGACUCCUAUCACUGCGAGUGUCGAGAGGGAUUUACCUUGAACGAGGACCAGAAAACAUGUUCCCUGAGUCAGACACGUGUGGACCCCUGUGCCAUGGGACACGACUGCCAGCACAUUUGUGUCAGCAGCAUUGAUGACUCCUAUCACUGCAAGUGUCGAGAGGGAUUUACCUUGAACGAGGACGAGAAAACAUGUUCCCUGAGACAGACACGUGUGGACCCCUGUGCCAUGAGACAAGACUGCCAGCACAUUUGUGUCAGCAGCAGUGAUGACUCCUAUCACUGCGAGUGUCAAGAGGGAUUUACCUUGAACACGGACAAGAAAACAUGUUCCCUGAGUCAGACACGCUUGGACCCCUGCAGCAGAGGCCAUGGCUGUGAACACAUAUGCGUCAACAGUGCUCCGUCCUUUUACUGCAAGUGUCGAAGUGGCUACACGCUGAACCCCGACGAGAAAACAUGUUCCCCUGAAGAGGUGACAGUGCUGGUGGUGGAGGACCCCUGUAAGUGUGAGGCCAGGAUGGCCUUCCAGGUGCAGACGCAGACCGCCCUCCAGGAUAUCACCGCCAGAAUAGCUGACAUGACUAAAAGAGUGGAGCAGCUUGAGGACAUGAUGGGCCGAGUCUGAUCACAGGAGAAAACCGUGGGUUCAGUGUCGGCCCGCCAGUCUGCCGUAACAGCUAUGGACCACUGCAACACAGGCACGUACUUCCUCUGCCCUCCCCCCGUCACCGCAUCGGCCGCCAUCGACACCUGACAGCGGAACUCCGGAUAACAGUGGUGCUAUAAACAGGUUGUCACUCAGUCCACGGUGCUAUAAACAAGUUAUUAGACUUGCUCAGGACUGUUGCAAGGCAUUAUCUGGCUACCGAUUGGCUAAGAGUAUCAGUGUUCCCAUAUAUGGGCAUGAGGACCCAACGAAUCAUAUAACAGUAUAAGUCAGUGUAUACAUUACAUUUCUUGAAUUGACAUAUUCCAAUAAAGAUUUUACUUUGGCUGACUAUCUGAAAUGCUUUGUAUAAUGGAAGUGUAUUAACAUGGUCAAAGAAGGAUACAGUCAACAAGGGUAAUACCUUUAAAAUGUUACAGUUUUUUAUUAGCAGGUGGUCAAAAUGUUAUAAUGUAUCAUAAUGUCUUAUUUGGUGGAAUCCUGUACUUGUUUUCUAUGCUCUUCAUACAAGCAAUCUUUAUUAGGUUAUAUCUGAGCAAAAUGUUGAACGCCAUCACAUGGGAUGAAGUCAAACCUCACUGUUUUAUGAAACGUAUACAAGAACCAUGUUAUUUUUGUUUGAAAAGUGUACUUAUGUAAUGUAUGUGUGACAAUAAAGACCAGGAGAGGA